CACCCGGCAAUAUUGUUGUAUAAUUUGUGUUUACAAUUAAUCACCGGUUGUUUGUCACAAAAUGUGCGUCUGUGAACAGUUAUACUGUAUGUGCUGAAUUUAUUGACUGUAGAGGCUAACAUCUAAACACAGUCACCAUGGAGAAUGUAGUGGCGCCCCCUAGGCGGAAGAAGACCACGCCACAAGAUUCAGUUGGCUUGCUGAUGUCACUGGUCAGGUCUUUAUCGCAAAGUGAGAACAUGAAAGAGAGGGAGGAUAUUAAGAGAGAACUGGAAAGGAAUUUCAAAGAAUGCGAUCAAAACAUGGACAAACUCAUUCAGACCCAUCAUGAAGAUUUGACGUCACUGAUUCAAGCUUUCAGUAAAAUCUACACCAGGAUAACAGUGUCUCGGGAGAAGAUCAAGAAUAUCAAGGAGAUGCUGCACUCAUGUAAGAGCCUGCUGCACUGCAAGCGCGAUGAACUGAAGAAGCUCUAUAUAGAGGGCGUCGAGCAGAAGCAGGUGCUGGUGCUGCUCGAACAGAUAGACCAGGUGAAGGAGGUUCCUCAGCGGCUGCAUGCUUACAUGAGCAAGAAGCACUACCUGCAUGCCAGUGAGGAGCUGGUCAGCGCAUUGGCAAGGCUGGAGGAAGACCUGAGUGAGGUGGAUGGAUUGCACGACCUUAGACUAGAGCUGCAAGACAAGAAGGCGGCUCACGUGCGCUGGAGGUUCCGUCGCCGCCGCCCGCUGCCGACCGCAACACCAGCGCCAUCUGCGAAGAUCUACACGAGAUGAACCCGGAGGAGAAUAGCGGUCACUUUAUGGCAAUCCUCGUAGAGUCUCUGAACGUGCUUGGCAAACUGCCAGAUGCA